UCUUUCCCUUAUAUAACAGGUAAGGGGGUGCCAUGCCGGCUGCUGCUCCCCUGCUGCUCCUCCACGCCAUCUGCUGGUGGCCCUUAGUGCUGUUCCUGCUGUUGCCCCCCCUGCCCCUCUUUGCCCUCACCAACCCCCCGACCUUCAUCUCCCUCCACGACUCGCGCCUUAACCACCUCUUACAGGACUCCAGCUCGGGCUACGUCUACGUAGGUGCGGUUAACGCGCUGUACCACCUCUCCUCAGACCUCCAGCUCAUCUCAUGGGGCAAAACAGGGCCCACGCUGGACAGCCCCGACUGUUUGCCCCCGAUUGAGCCUAAAGACUGCAGCCAGGCACGCCAAACUGACAACAUCAACCAGCUGCUGCUGCUGGAGAAACAGGAAGGGUCACAAGCACAGAGGCUGAUUGUGUGCGGCACCGUGCUGCAAGGCAUCUGCGAGAAGCGCAGCCUGGCCAACGUCUCCCAGGUGCUGUACCACACGGCCAACCCCGUGGACACACAGUACGUAGCCGCCAAUGACCCUCGUGUCUCCACUGUGGCUGUGCUCACUGAGCACAGGGGCACGCGCCUCAUGCUUGUGGGACGAGGUUACACCAGCAAAGGACCCGGCGGAAUUCCACCAAUCACAACACGCCGCCUCGAGCAGUACCAUUCCUCUCCUGCGUUUUCACAUGAGGAACUGGGUAAGCUUGUAGUGGGCAGUUACUCUGAAUACAACAACCAGUUUGUGAAGGCGCUGCACCACGGUACUCAUAUUUAUUUCCUGUUCUCACGCCGCGAUACGUUGAAAACACGUGAUUAUCAGACAUACAUAUCACGCCUCUGUGCCGGAGACCCCAGCUUUUACUCAUAUGUGGAGGUACCACUGAGCUGCACAGGAGGCUACAACCUGGCACAGGCGGCUGCGAUGGGAACUUACCUUGGAAAAGCCACUAUCUUUGUCGCCAUGGCAGCGGGGCAGGCGUCGACACCCACGCCCACGGCGCGCUCGGCUCUGUGUGCGUACAGCAUGGAGGAGCUGGAUCAGGCGCUGAAGCGGGCACAGGUUCUGUGCUACACACAGGAAGGAAAAGGAGACAAAGAGAAGGAGGCCUACAUCGCAUACGAAGUCUCCUCCAAGUGCCUCAAGCUUCCUCCGGUGAGUCAUCACUAAACAUUAACGUGUUAGUUACAUGUUGUGUUACAUUAUGUAGUA